CUCACAGACAGACAGAUAGCCACACGCUGCGUUAUCAGGGCGAGAGUGCGCACUCCCCACGCUUUCUAAUCUUCCCUAGUUUCUCCAACUGGAGACUAUUGAUGAGUAGUGGAUACCUCUGUCGCCAAAGGGAUACUAAACGCAGUGAGUGACAAAUUACAUCGGAGUGGAUAUUGAGACAUUUCAAAACGUUUUGGGACAUUUGGGAAAGAGUUUUCUUGUGCUAUUCAGUCAUCGUUACCUCUUCGUGCACAAGGAUUUACGUGAUUUUUGUUGGUCUGUCCCUUGAGGUUUCUAGAUUUGUUUUGCGGUCUAAAAUUGUGCAGCUUCUGGCACACGGGAUUACUUUAGAAGUUUGGGGGUGGCAUCCUUUCUGGGGCUUGGGAGUUUCAUGUGGCGCUCGUGAAGGGACCAACGCAGCCAACACACACACACGGACAGCACGGGCUUGCGCGACCAGGCAAACCUCAGCUCAGAAUGUAUCCAAAGUGCUUGUUCGCCUUUCUCCUCAACGCCUCACUUUUGGUGCGUUUGUUGGUGGCAUACGAAUGCACGCCAUGUGACCACCGGACAUGUCCAGUCAAAGCACCGCAUGCCUGUGAGAACGGCCGGAGCGUGGCCAGAGACCCGUGCGGAUGCUGUGAUCAGUGUAGCCGGCUGGAAUGGGAGCUGUGCGGCGGACAGGACUGGGCAAUGGGAUACUGCGCUCUGGGACUGACCUGUGUGUCUGUCAACCAGACAGGGCUAGUGAAUACUUUCAGCCCCGAAGCCGAAGUGGGAGUUUGCAAAGCUCUGCCCGAGUUUCCUGACGUUGGUCUGGAGGAUGACCGGUGCCCGUUGGUGAGUGGCUGUGACCGCACGGGAGGCCGGUGCAUCUGCGACUCCAGACACUCCUGCCUGGCCUCCUUCACCUACCCCAGCAAGGAGGCCUGCACGCGGGCCAUCAAGUCAGAAGGUAGACGACAUGAUGGGGAACAUCGUGAGAGGCACAGGGAGAAGUUUGUGGGCGUGUCCAAGCCGGCGUGCUCCUUCUCGGGCUGCAACCUGACGGCGGAGGGAUGUGAGUGCCAGUCCCACAGCUGCCACGACCGGUUCGAAUACCCGAACCGCAGCCAGUGCCAACAGGCCGCAGAUGAGUUGAAGUGUGCCGGUGUGACGUGCGCUCCGCUCCCCGUGCCCGCGUGUCCUGGUGACUCGGUGCUGACGCUUAGCUACACGCCCCCUGCUGGAUGCUGUCCCACGCUGCCGCCGCAGUGCACCUGCGCCACUUGCCCGCCUCCCCCCGCCUGCCCCCCGGGGCACAAGGCCGCCCCCCUGCGCCAGGCCCAAGGCAUGCCCGGCGACUGCUGCCACCAGUUCGAGUGCCAGAGAGCGUCCCCCAAGUGUGCCCACAAUGGCAAGGAGUACUCGGAGGGCGAGGUGUACCGCAUGGAUGCCUGCUGGCUGUGCCAGUGCCGAGGGGGCAUCUCCUUCUGCUCCAAGGCCGAGUGUGCCGAGCUGGACUGUGAAAACUUCUACAUCCCCGAGGGAGAGUGCUGCCCUGUCUGCAUAGAUGUGGAGCUGUUGUCUCGGGACAGCACGAAGGCCAGCUGCUGGGUGAACCACAAGCUGCGGCAGCACGAGGAACAGUGGAAGGAGGACGACUGCACCUUCUGCCAGUGUGCGGACGGCGAGGCCCACUGCACCGCCAUGGCCUGCAAGCAGAGCUGCCACAACCCCGUCAAGAUACCCGGCGAGUGCUGCCCAUUCUGCGAAGAGCCCUCGUAUGAGACGGUGAGCCCUCUGUUGUGCCCGCCCCUGGAGAACUGCACCCUGUCUGGGGUGGACUGCCCCUACGGCUUCCUGCAGGACCACAACGGAUGCCUGCUGUGCCAGUGCCUUGGCAACGACUCGUGUCCUGACCUGGCCAACUACUGCUCGCUGGAUUGCCCUGCAGGCUACGAGAAGGACGACUUCGGCUGCGAGGUGUGCGAGUGCAGCCCACCUGUAUCCAAGUGCCGCACCCUCUCCUGCAGCAAGACCUGCCCUUACGGAUAUGUAAGGAACAAGCACGGCUGUGAGAUGUGUCGCUGUGUCAAGUGUCCCCCCUUCACCUGUGACAAGCACUGCAGCGAAGGCUACCAGCAAAACAAGAAAGGAUGCAACAUCUGCAUGUGCCAAGAGAGUUCCCAAGUGCCUGCCACCUCCCCCACCUCCACCUCCACCUCCACCAUGCUUCCCCUGCCCAGCUACUGCCUCACGGCCAACGGGCGCCGCUACGAGGAGGGCGAGAGCUGGCACGACGGCUGCCGCGACUGCUACUGCCACGCUGGCCGUGAGAUGUGCGUCCUCAUCUCGUGCCCCGCCCCUUCCUGCUCCAGCCCUGUGGUGCGGCCCAAUCAGUGCUGUCCCACCUGCGAAGAUGAGUCGGGCAGCGGUCAGGCAGAGGGCAUGGACCUGGUGGUGUGCCGGGCGCCGGGCGGGGAACUGUAUGUGGAGGGGGAGACGUGGAACCUGGACGAGUGUACGCGCUGCACCUGCAGGAAGGGCCGCGUGCUGUGCGACACCGAAGUGUGUCCCCCGGCACUGUGCCAGUCGCCCACCAAGAGCAAAGACACCUGCUGCCACGUCUGCCCAGAGGACAAGCUCAAGCCCCUCCUCCCUGUGGACGGCAGCCAACAGGAGUACUGCAUCUCCAGCGACGGAGACGUGCUAUUGGCCGGCUACUCCUGGAAGGCCAAUGCCUGCACCAGCUGCACCUGCACCAACGGCAGCAUCCAGUGCUUCUCACAGCGGUGCCCGCCUGCCCACUGCCGCGUGCCCGUCCUCCGCAAGGGACAGUGCUGCCCACACUGCCUGGAGGCCACCACCACCUCCGUGCCCAUGCUGCUCUCCACCACCACCCCCCAGACUACAACCUCCACCACCCAGACUACCACCUCCACCACCCAGAGCAGCCUGGCCUGGAUCACCACCGCCACCGUGCCGCCCAUCGUUGUUGCAUCCACAGAUGGUAAAGGCCUGAGCGAGAGCUCCCCGACGCAGACAGAGAUGGCCCUGAUCUACCAAUCAGCAGCCUGGAUCCUGGCCGGCCUCCUGUUGGCCAUCGUCAUCUUCCUGGUGGUGGCACUACUCAUCAACAAGAAGAAGAAAUGGGUGCAGAUGUCCUGCUACAGCGCUCCCAAGAAGACGGUGAUUCUCAAGAAGCAUGUGAACAAGAACUCUGUGGUCUACAUGGAACCGUCAAAGGAGAACAAGUUCCAGAACGUGAAGAACGACUGUGGCAUCAACUUCUCCUCCCCCUCCGACGCGGGCUCUCAGUACGGGGACGCCGGCAUGAAGAUCCCCCGGGCCAAGCUGUGCAACGGACACGGCAUACUGUAGAGAGCACUGGAGAGAGAGAGAGAGCAUGAAGCGAGAGAACACACACACACACAAACACACCCACACACACCCGCA